UUCUUCACCAGCUCUAGCAUAUAAUAAUAACAUUUGCUUUUUGAAUUGGCUGUAGACACAUUCAAAAUUCCAAUGUCUUCCGUAUUACUAAAUAGGAUUUUGAGCGUGGGUGGCUCCAGCGGAUCGCUGAGUCGCUUGUGGCCGCACGUAAAUCAGAAAAGUGCUCCUCUAGCUAUCAUCAGGGAGAACAAGACAGAAGCCUGCGAGAAGCAGCAGACCUUCGACGAACCGUAUGUGAUAUUUCAAAGCUGGCUAAUCGCUGCCCAAAAACAGGCACCGCAGGUGCGUCCACGCAUGGCCUGCAUGGCCACCGUUGACAAAGCCGGUGAGCCUGUGACCCGUCUCACCUGUAUCGAGGAUGUUACUCCCGAAGGAAUCACGUUCUUCACGACACUGGGCAGCCGGCAAGCGGGCGAGAUCAGCGCCAAUCCUCACGUAUCGCUCCAGUUCAAUUGGGCACCUCUCAUGCGCAGCGUCCGGAUCUCUGGUACCGCUCACCAAUUGUCGGAUGCUCAGGCUAUAGAGCAAUUCCGUCGAUAUCCACGCCAUGUCCAGAUGAGCAUCACCCAUGGACCACGCUACGCUGCUGCUGACUACCGUUACCGCUCCGGGUUCUUUCAACGGAUCACCCAGAGUUUAAGAAACUUGUUUGGAAAGCCGCCAGAGGAGAUACCAAUGCCGGUAAACUGGGGCGGUUACUUGCUGACCCGUCUCUUCGAGUUUGGAAUGCUCAGCGGUCCAAAGGCUGCGCGAACCCGAGUACGCUUCCGUCGCUGCCUAGAGAUUCCAAGGGGAACAAGAAUGGGCACCGUACAAGCGGAGCGAACGGAUUGGGUCUAUGAUUCUAUGGAGGAAUGUGAUUAAUGGUGGAAUACCAGAGUUAAAUAUUUAAUUGUGGUUGAUGGACAAUUUAUGUUAAUCACGAUUCAUGCUUUGAAUUCAAAGUGAAUCAAAUUGUCUGUGCAAAAUUGUAAUGGUGAAAAUUUAACUGUUAAACUGUUAACUUAAAUUUCGAUACGGAAUUUCAGAAAAUAAGUACUUCAAUUCCAAACCUUAUCUACUUUACUUUGACCACGAAUAUUAAAUCCAAAUAUGAAUUAAAAAAGCUCAAA